ACAUUUCAUUUUUUACAGUCCUUGACCCACAAAUAUAAAUACAGGUGUGAGUUCAAGUUGCCAUCAGUCCCACUUCUUACCUUCUACCAGCACCAUGCUCCUCUUCAGCCUCAGCAGCACACUGUUGCUUGCAGUAACAUGUUCACUGAUGACAGAAGGUGUUUCCACAGAGAGUCUCACCGUAUGUGACGACAGCGUCAGUGUUCAACAUCUAAGCUGUGAGAGUGGAGUGAUCAUUGUGCAGGAAGCUCUGUAUGGACGUUUGAACAGAGAGACGUGCAGUGAAGGUCGGUCUCCUCAGCAGCUCGCCAACACACAGUGCUCUCAGCGGGGGACUGUGGAUGUCCUCAAGAGGAGGUGUGAUGGAAAAAAAGUUUGUGAACUAAGCUCAGAAGUCGUCCGAUUCUCCGAUCCCUGCUACGGCAUCUCCAAAUACCUGCAGACCAACUUCACCUGCUUCCCAGCAAUUCGCCAGGUCGUUUGCGAGGAAUCUUUUGCAGACCUACGUUGUGAUGUCGGUCAGGUGAUAUCUUUGUACGGGGCUCAUUACGGACGCCUCGACAGCUCCGUGUGCUCUUUCCAGCGUCCAGUCAAUGAACUCCAAAAUAUCUACUGCUCCAAGGCUGUGAGCAGAGUGGCUGAAAGGUGUAACGGAAAAAACAGCUGCACUAUCCGAGCGAGCAACGCAGAGUUUGGAGAUCCCUGUUACGGCACCUACAAGUACCUGGAGGUGGCCUACACCUGUCUAUAUCCUGUGUGAACGAGAUGAAGUUACGAUUAUUCUUCCAAACAUUUCGGCAAAAUAUCUUCAGUCUCCGUUUGCAAUAACAAGAGAGGUGUCA